UUGUUGGUUAGGUUGAGUUUUUCUUCUGUCAUCUUGAUACCAGAAUCAAGAAGCUUCAAGAAAUUCAAGCAAGAAGUAUCAAGAAUCAAGGAUUAGCAGCGGAAGUGAUGAUCAGCUCUUGAUACCAUAAAAGAAUUGGGCCGACCCAGGUCCAGGCCCAAUUCCAGAGUCAGAAACAAUAAGUGAGAAGAGUCUCACUCUUUCAUUACACUUGUCAGAGAGUUGGUGAGGGAGAGAAAAGCAAGGGCUCAAGGCGAAACGCAGAAGCUCUGGUUCGAAGAGUCCUUGGCCGGCGAUCUGCUUGUGUGACCGAAAAUGGAGAAAGUUGAUGAAGAGAAAAAGAACGAGGAGAGUCUGAGCACGGAAGAACCAACAUAAGCCAUUAUUGGAACCAAGAAUCAGAGAAAAGAUGACUAUGAAGAUCUUUCUUAUCUACUUGAGCUGCUUCACACUAUGCUGUUAUGCAGAGCAAAGGUCAACAUUGCACAUAAAUGGGACGGAAGGAGCUGGGAGAAAAAUUCCAGAUACCUUUUUCGGAGCAUUUUUUGAGGAAAUAAACCAUGCAGGAGCUGGAGGAUUGUGGGCCGAGCUUGUUCGAAACCGAGGUUUCGAAGAAGGAGGGUCAAGUGUUCCCUCAAAUAUAUUUCCAUGGACAAUGGUGGGAGAUGAUUCAACCAUAAAGAUCUCAACUGAUCGUAGCUCUUGCUUCGAUCGAAACAAAGUUGCAUUGCGUAUGGAUGUUCUCUGUGAUGGACCUAAAUCUUGCCCAUCAGAUGGUGUUGGCAUCUCCAAUCCUGGUUUCUGGGGCAUGAAUAUUGAGAAAGCACACAAGUAUAAAGUAGUGUUGUUUGCCAAAGCAAGUGGUGCGGUUGAUCUUCAGGUCUCGUUUGUGGGAUCCGAUAAUACCGAGUUGGCAUCAAACAGCAUUGGGUCUUUCGGUGACAAUGUUACAGAGUGGACGAGGAUGGAGACCGUACUGGAAGCGAAGGCCACUAACCACAAUGCAAGUCUCCAAAUAACGACAAGCAAGAAAGGAGUUUUAUGGUUAGAUCAAGUUUCAGCAAUGCCAGUAGACACGUUCAAGGGUCAUGGAUUCCGAAAGGACCUUGCUCAGAGGGUGGCCGAUUUGAAGCCAAAAUUUUUCAGAUUCCCUGGUGGAUGUUACGUUGAAGGAGGUUAUAUGAGAAACGCAUUCAGAUGGAAAGACAGCGUGGGAGCAUGGGAGGAGAGACCUGGUCACUUCGGAGACGUUUGGGGUUAUUGGACCGAUGAUGGUUUUGGCUAUUUUGAGGGCCUUCAAUUCUCUGAGGAUAUCGGUGCAUUGCCAAUCUGGGUGUUUAACGAUGGUCUCAGCCUCACUGACGAAGUGGAUACUUCUAUGAUCGGACCUUUCAUUCAAGAAGCUUUGGAUGGACUUGAGUUUGCAAAGGGUUCGGCAAAGUCAAAAUGGGGAUCUCUAAGGGCUUCCAUGGGACAUCCCGACCCAUUCGAUCUCAGAAUUGUUGCCAUUGGAAACGAAGAGUGCGCCAUGUCUAAGUAUAGAGGAAACUACCUCAAAUUUUAUGAUGCCAUCAAGCAAGCUUAUCCAGAUAUUCAGAUUAUCUCUAACUGCGAUGCUUCUCAAAAACCUUUGGAUCAUCCAGCUGAUUUCUACGAUUUUCAUAUUUAUACAAAUGCGAACGACAUGUUUUCGAAGCAUACGAAAUUCGAUGAUGCACCACGAUACGGUCCAAAGGCAUUUGUGAGUGAGUAUGCAGUUUGGCAAUCGGACGCUGGUAAUGGAACUCUUCUUGCUGCCGUGGCUGAAGCUGCAUUCCUUAUUGGAUUGGAAAAGAAUAGUGACAUCGUCCACAUGGUUAGCUAUGCACCGCUGUUUGUAAACAAAAACGACAGAAGGUGGACACCGGAUGCAAUUGUAUUUGACUCUCACCAGAGCUAUGGAACUCCCAGCUAUUGGAUUCAACAUAUUUUUAGCAGUUCAAGUGGAGCAACAUUGCUAGAUUCAAGUCUUGAAAGCAGUUCCGAUAAGAUAGUUGCAUCAGCAAUCGAAUACAGAAAUCCUUCAGAGAAGAAAAAGUAUUUGAGAAUAAAGGUUGUAAACUUUGACAGUGAUCCCCAGAAGUUUAGGUUUUGUAUGGAUUUGAAGGUUAAAUCAUAUGGAGCAACGAAAACAGUGAUAACAGGGCCUAACGUCAAAGAAGAAAAUUCGUUUUCAGAACCAAACAGGAUUGUUCCACAACACACUUCUCUCCAGAAUCCUACUUCAGACAUGACUCUCAUUCUUCCUCCUUACUCCUUUUCUUCCUUUGAUCUCUUGAUAUAGACUCUCAACACCCAUACUCUUUCUUUUUCUUUUCUUUUCCUUUUUUUAAUUAAAUAGGAUAUACAAUCUAUCUUUCAUUAAGUUUA